AUAACUUAAAUAGCGGCUCGACAGGAGACCACGCUAUCCUAAAAUGGCCGCUCCCAGUGUGUCACGAUUUGUGGAAACCGGACGGAAGAUCAUAUGUGUAGGCCGUAAUUAUGCUGCCCAUGCAGCAGAGCUGGGGAACGUUUUACCAGCAGAGCCCAUCAUUUUUUUGAAACCAACAACGGCGUUUAUCACAGAGGGAAAACCAAUCAGGGCCCCUCCUGGAUGCAGCAACUUGCACCAUGAAGUUGAACUGGGCGUGGUCGUGUCCCGCCCCGGCAGCAGCAUCCCCGAGUCUGUGGCCAUGGACCACGUUGGAGGAUAUGCCCUAGCACUGGACAUGACAGCUCGGGACCUCCAAGACGAGGCUAAAAGGAAGGGGGCUCCCUGGACGCUGGCCAAGAUGUUUGACACCUCUUGCCCCGUCAGUGCGUUCCUGGAUCGGAGCGAGGUGACUGACCCCCACGACCUCCGGCUGUGGCUAGCGGUCAACGGUGAGACAAGACAGGAUGGGAACACCAAGGACAUGAUCUUCAAGAUCCCUGCACUCCUCAGUUACAUCAGUCAUUACAUCACUCUGCAGGAGGGCGACCUGGUGCUGACUGGGACACCCUCUGGUGUUGGGCCGGUGAAAAGUGGUGAUGUUAUCACCUGUGGCCUCUCAGACAGGUCAUCAACGGUAAAACUGAAAAUGUCAUUCACUGUCGCUGAAGGACAGUAAUCAAAAUCAGCUCCUGCAUUAACCCUAAAAGUCCCAAAUCCUCCAAUUUCAAUAUGAUUUUACAUUCAUCCUAGGGGCUUUGGUAAUCUUCCAUAAGUACAUGUACUAAAUAAAAGUGGAUGUGUUUGGUCAAUAGUCUGUGUAGGAACAUUGCCACUGGCCCAGUAAGUGACGUCUAUGACGUCAAGUGCACAAUAAGCCACUUGCGAGUUUAAUUUGAAAAAAAUCUGGUUCCCUGUGUUAUCUGAUUGCAUAGAAAUGUAACAAU